AUUACUCUGCUUUUCAUCUGCUGUGUUGAAAGCCAACUUAUCAUUUUUCACAUUAUUGCAUACAUCUAAAAGAUGUCAUAAACAAAGACUGGGAAAGUGAACACUGAAAAAUUGAGAAAGUUUUAUUUGUUGGAGGUCACAACUCCAUUGGGAGCUCCUUCUCUAAUGGUACCUCAGCCCAUGAUUCAUACCCAGCAAGGCCUAAGGACCAGUACUCCUUCCACUCCAUCCGCAGAACAUCAAGAAGAUGUAGAUUCCUUCAUGAAACAGCCUGGGAAUGAGACUGCAGAUACAGUACUAAAGAAGCUGGAUGAACAGUACCAGAAGUAUAAGUUUAUGGAACUCAACCUUGCUCAAAAAAAAAGAAGGCUAAAAGGUCAGAUUCCUGAAAUUAAACAGACUUUGGAAAUUCUAAAAUAUAUGCAGAAGAAAAAAGAGUCCACCAACUCACUGGAGACCAGAUUCUUACUGGCAGAUAACCUGUAUUGCAAAGCUUCGGUUCCUCCUACCGAUAAAGUGUGUCUGUGGUUGGGGGCUAAUGUAAUGCUUGAAUAUGAUAUUGAUGAAGCUCAGGCAUUGUUGGAAAAGAAUUUAUCGACUGCCACAAAGAAUCUUGAUUCCCUUGAGGAAGACCUUGACUUUCUUCGAGAUCAAUUUACUACCACAGAAGUCAAUAUGGCCAGGGUUUAUAAUUGGGAUGUAAAAAGAAGAAACAAGGAUGAUUCUGCCAAGAACAAAGCAUAAUACUGGCAAUUAAAAAUGUGGUUUAGUUUUCCAAACAUGUUAUCUUAAAUACCCCUUUAUCUUUACAGGUUGACAUAACUUUGAAUGUUUUAACAGCAAGAAUUUUAAGAAAAGAUAAACACCAUUUUAUUUAUUUAUAAAAACAAAUUUAGUUUCAAAUAUUCUUGACAUUGUGCUUUUAUUUUCACAUUUCUCAGCAAAGCUAAUGCUAUUUUAAUCAUUAUUUUUGUCUGUCAUAAGAAAAUUCUUAGAUGAAAUGGCCGAAAACUGUGAGACAUGCUGUGGAAGCUGAAUGCCAGACGCUAGGACAGUUUACUUUUUCCCUUUCUUAUUAGCCGAUGUUACUCUCACUUGAUGUGGUUAAACCAUUUUAGAAGUAGAGAAGACAGACAGUUUGAAUAUUUGUAAACUUGUUUUUAUUUGGUAUAUGUAGGACUUAGUGAUCCUGUGUUGCUAUUGUCUUCUAUAAAUGGGGUUUCAUCACUUACUGCUUAACGAAUAACUAUAUACUAUGAUAUGUUGGACAUUUCAGGAAAUGGUAAUUUGCCUUGCUACACAGUAAGAGGGCUAUUAAGACAACAUUUUUUUUUUUUAACCUCAGAUAAGUGCAUAGUGUCUUCGCAGUCCCAACAGAAGGGAGAGCUUGGCCAAUGGGAAGUAAAGUUACUCAUUCUAAACACUUGGCUAAGGUGAUUUUGUAGUUCUUAACAGUUCUCCAGAGCAUCUUGAACAGGAGUACUAAGAUAAAUGUAAAUCUGCAAUGGCUAAAAAGAGUUGUGAGCUUUUUUACUCGUGAUAAAACCUUAUAGGAAUAGUUAAAAAAAAAAAAAAAAAAAAAAAAAAAUCCCUGUUGAAAGCUACUAGUACAUUGGCCAGUGCUGGGUGGUACAGAUUCUUAUGAAAACAUAAGUGUAUUAGUUCAUUGCCAUGUAGUAAAAAGUAUACUUAUACAGUGUUUUGUACUUGUAUUUCGUGGUAUUAAAACAAUGAUGCUAAAACUGUGGCA